AAAAAUAAAAUAAAAAAUAAAAUAAAAAAUAAAAUAAAAUAAAAUAAAUAACGAAAUUUGAAUUCUAUAUCAUUCCUUCCUUUUUUUUUUCUGAACAUAUAAUGAGCUAUUAUAAAUAUGUCGUCACAGCACAGAAACCUACAGCAGUACAGUUUGCUGUAAAAGGCUCAUUUACUUCAUCGUACGAAACCAAUCUCAUUUUGGGUAAAGGAACACGUAUUGAAGUUUAUACGAUCACUCCUGAUGGUUUAAAAUCAACUAUUGAUUUUAGCAUUCAUGGAACUAUCAUUGCUCUGAAUUUAUAUAUACCUCAAUCUCGAAAUAAGGCAUCACUCUUCUUAAUCACUUCUCGACAUAAAUACUGUGUUUUAUCUUAUGAUAGUUCACAACAACAAAUCAUUACAGAAUCAAGCGGUGAAAUAGGUUUUCCUGGUCAGCCUGGUCAUGAGACUUUAGAUGCACAUCUAACGAUCGAUCCAUCUUGUCGAUAUUUUGCAACAACUCUAUAUGAAUCUACAGUAACCAUCAUCAUACCAGAAUUUACAAAACCUAAAGAGUUUACAGUCCCACACGUAUUACGAAAAAUAUCAUUGCGUUCUAAAGAAGGUAGAAGACGCCAAGAUAUCACAUUACAACAUCCAAGUGAUUAUAUAAACUUUAGUUUAUCAGAUAAACAAAUAGUUUCUUUAGCUUUUUUACAAGAUACAUCAACAGAAUCUACAUUACUUAUUUUAUAUGAUGAUGCACUUGGACGCCGUUACUUGCAAGCUUUUACGAUCGAUCUUAAAAAUAGAAAAUUAGUACCUGGCGACAUUGUCUUGGAUCAUUUUGAAUCAGAUGCAAAUUUAUUAAUAGCUAUGCCUCCUACUAUCGGUGGUGUUGUUUUAAUUGCUGGUAGAUUUAUUCGAUACCUUAAACCAAAUCAACCUCCUAUUGCUAUUGGCAUUAGACCAUCUAUAAUUAAUAGCUUUUCAAUUAUGAAUGAUGAAGGAUCUCGUAUUUUAUUAGGCGAUGUGGAAGGAACACUACAUCUUUUAACUUUAACAAUUACAAAUAAUCAUGUAGAUGCACUAUGUGUUAUUGGCUUAGGAAAUAUCUCUAUACCCUCUUGUUUAGUUUAUUUAGAUAAUGAUGUUAUAUUUGUUGGGUCGAUUGUAGGAGAUUCACAACUGAUUCAUGUGCAGCGAACAACAAAUGCAGAAAAUGGUGAAAUAUUGAAAGUUAUUGAUGAGUUUGCCAAUUUAGCUCCCAUUACAGAUUUCUGUGUAGCUGAUCUCGACAAGCAAGGACAAACACAAUUGAUUGCAUGUUCAGGUGUAGCUCAAGAUAGUUCAUUAAGAAUCAUUCGUAAUGGUGUUGGAUUAAAUGAAUUAGCAGCUAUUGAGAUCAGUGGGGUUAAAGGCGUUUGGGCUUUACGUUCUUCAUUUUAUAAUGAACAUGAUGAUGUAUUAUUGAUUUCUUUUGUGAACCAAACUCGACUAUUAGCAUUACGUGAUAAUACUAUGAUGCAAUUAGAUACAUAUUCGUGCAUAGAAUUUGAUUGUAGAACAUUAAUAGCAGCUAAUGUAAAAGAGGACAUGAUUAUUCAAGUGACAGAUAAAAGUGUAAGGUUAAUGGAUGCAAAUUGUUCUAGUCUUGAUUUAUUAGAUGAAUGGAAGCCUGACGAUCAUAGUCAAAUUACAGUUGCAUCUGUUAAUCCUUCACAAUGUGUUCUUUCUAUUGGAUAUGGUAGACUUGUUGCGCUUUAUAUUAAAGAUAGAAAACUACAUUUGAUGGGUACAACACAACUUCCUAAUGAGAUUUCAUGUAUUGAUAUAAGUCCUAUUCAAUCGGGUCAUGUUAUGGAAUCCAGCGUUGCGGCAAUUGGUGUAUGGCAAAAUGUAGGCGUAUGCCUGCUUUCUUUACCCAGUCUUAAACUAAUAGCAGAAGAACGUUUAGCAGGAACAGUCAUGCCACGCUCAAUAUUGAUGGCACAGUUUGAAAAUAUAUGUUAUCUACUUGUUGCUCUUGGUGAUGGACAAUUCUAUAAUUUCAAGUUAGAUACAGAGCAAGGCAUAUUAUUUGAUAAAAAACGUACCUUUCUUGGAAAAUUACCUAUUAGUUUAAGUACAUUUACUUCAAAUGGUACAACACAUGUCUUUGCAGCUUCGGACAAACCAAGUGUGAUUCAUAGUCGAAACAAUAAACUUGUAUAUUCAAAUGUAAAUUUAAAGGAAGUGAGAUGCGCCACAUCCUUUAACAGUCUUAGUUUCCCUGAUGCAGUUGCGUUGACGACUCAAGAUAGUCUUGUUAUAGGACAAAUGGAGGAAAUUCAAAAAUUACACAUCACAAAGAUACCUACUCGAGAUACACCGAGACGUAUUACAUAUCAAGAAAAAUCAAGGACAUUUGGUAUUAUAACCGAGCGCAUUACUUCAGAACCCUAUACAUCCACUACGACAACCGGAGGUUUUGAAAUCUUAGAUGACCAGUCAUUUGAUGUUCUUGAUCGUCUUUACUUUAAAUAUUUUGAAAGACCAUUAGCAGUUACAUCCAUGACAUUUGAAAAUGAUAAUACAGAAUAUUAUAUUUUAGCAACAGGGAAAGAGACAGAUGAAUAUGAAAGUAAAAGUACAGGCCGAAUUAUUAUACUUCAAGUGACUUCUGAGCGUAAGCUAAGAGUUGUUAGUCAAAUAAAGACAAAUGGUAUGACAGAUUGUAUAAAACCUUUUCAGGGAAAACUGUUAGCAAGUGUGAGAGGCAUGAUUUGUGUUUAUAAAUGGGAAAAUAGACCUGGUAUUCAGUCACUUGCUUUAGUUUGUUCACAAAGAGUGCCGUCCAUAACAGAAUGUAUGACGACUUAUGGAGAUAAUAUCAUUACGGGAGAUAUGAUGUACUCUAUUGUCCAUUUACGUUAUAAUUCCAAGACAGAAACUUUAGUUGAAGUAGCAGCUCACGAAAAAUUAAAAGAGAUAUUAGCUAUCGAGGCUACUAAUGAAAACUUUUAUGUGGCUGCUGAAAGAGAGGGACAUUUAUUUGUUGUUGAGAAAUGCAAUGAAGAUACAUUGAAUGAUGAACCUCUUUUAGAAACUGUUAGUAUCUGGCAUCUUGGUGAUUCUGUUCGCAAGUUUAGAUUUGGAUCAUUGGGUAUGAAUAAUGCAGAUCCUGAUCGUAAACCAGAAGUAUCUAGCUUAAUAUUUGCCACAGCAAGUGGCGCUAUAGGCUUAAUUACAGAUUUAUCCAUUGAUAGAUUUAAACUUUUAGAUCAAAUGCAAUAUAAUAUGUCUAAAGUGGUGAAAAGUAUUGGUAAUCUUAGUCAUAUUGACUGGCGAAGUGUUUCUAUCAUGGAUAGAAAAGAUCAAGCGAUUAACUUUAUUGAUGGGGACUUGAUUGAAAGCUUUUUAGAUUUAACACCUCAGCAAAUGCAAGCCGUAGUGGAUGGACUUUAUGGAGGUCGUAAACUUGAUAAAUCGGUAGAAGACCUUUGUAAAGUGGUAGAAGAAUUAAUGAGUGCUCAUCCUUAACUAUUUAAUUGUAAAUAAUAAUAAACUUGGCAUACAGAAAAAAAAAAAAUUAAAGUGGGAUAUGUAUAAUUAUUUUUAUUUAUUUAUGUGGGGCGUUUUUUUUUCUCUUCUUUUCUUUUCUUUUCUUUUCUUUUUUUUAUCGGCUGGGCAUCAU